AGCCAUAACUGAGCACCACCAAUAAUAAUAUUUUUCCUCACAUAUUCUCUCAACCUUUUCUUUUUUCCUUAUAAAAAAUUUGGAUGAAAAACUUGAACGACGACAUUUUUGAUCCCCUAACAAUAAUAAUGGACUCCGAUUUCUCUCCUGGUUACGGGUCGGGUACGGAAUCCGACUUCGGUUUCGCUUUCAAUGACAGCAAUUUCUCCGACCGGAUUUUGAUAGUUGAGAUUGUUCCUGACUCCAAAUCCGACGGUGAGGGUUGUAGCAGUAUCGUUGAUUGGGCCCGCAAACGCAAGCGUAGUAGAGAAGAAAUCAAGAAAGAAAAUGAUGCGGAUGUGCUCACGCAACGUGAGGAGGAGGUGUUGAAUUGUAAUAUGCUGGACACAGAAGAUGGUCUUGCUUAUGAGAACCAAGAUGAGGAAGCUGUUGCAAUGGUUGAGGAAUCUCCAUCCGGCACUGAGAUGACCACAGAUCACCCUGGGGAUGGUGAAGCUCCUAAGAGCACUGACUCGUCCACAAACAUGGACUCUUCAACUGGGCGUCAAGUUAGAACUAUAUACAUCAGUUCUCCUAUUUUGGCCGCAAAGAGUCCAUUCUUUUAUAAGAUGUUCUCCAACGGCAUGAGAGAGUCGGAGCAGCGGCAUGUUACUGUACAAAUCCAUGCCUCGGAAGAAGCUGCCUUCAUGGACCUAUUGAAUUUUAUGUAUAGCAAUACUUUAUCUACGAUAACGCCUACUGCCUUGCUUGACGUGCUUAUGGCUGCUGACAAAUUUGAGGUUGCAUCAUGCAUGAGACACUGCAGCCGUUUACUAAGGAAUCUUCCCAUGACUUGUGAAUCAGCCUUGCUUUAUUUGGAUCUUCCUUCUGGUGUUUUAAUGGCUGAUGCAGUUCUGCCACUGACUGAUGCUGCAAAACAGUUUCUCGCUGCACGUUUCAAGGAUAUAACCAAGUUCCAAGAAGAGGUGUUGAACUUGCCUCUUGCAGGAAUUGAGGCUGUUCUCUCCAAUGACGAUCUUCAGGUUGCUUCAGAGGAUGCUGUAUAUGACUUUGUGUUAAAGUGGGCUCGCAUCCAUUACCCAAACUUGGUGGAACGACGUGAAAUAUUGGGCUCACGUCUUUGUCGCCUCAUUCGCUUUCCGUACAUGACAUGCAGGAAGCUGAAGAAAGUUCUAACUUGCAAUGACUUUGAUCCUGAACUAUCUUCCAAGGUUGUCCUAGAGGCUCUAUUUUUCAAAGCUGAAGCACCAUACCGGCAGCGUUCUCUUGCUGCUGAGGAGGGCAGUGCCUCACACCAUCGUUUUGUGGAGCGUGCUUACAAGUAUAGACCAGUUAAAAUUGUCGAGUUUGAACUGCCUCGUCAGCAGUGUAUUGUUUACCUAGAUAUAAAACGGGAAGAGUGCAAUAGUCUCUUUCCUGCUGGUAGAGUUUACUCUCAGGCUUUCCAUUUGGGUGGACAAGGUUUUUUCCUAUCAGCUCAUUGUAACAUGGAUCAACAGAGUUCAUUCCAUUGCUUUGGGUUGUUUUUAGGCAUGCAAGAGAAGGGGUCAGUGUCAUUUGCAGUGGAUUAUGAGUUUGCAGCUCGGACAAAGCCAACCGAGGAAUAUGUGAGCAAGUAUAAGGGGAACUACACAUUCACUGGUGGCAAGGCUGUUGGCUACAGGAACCUAUUUGGCAUCCCUUGGACUGCUUUUAUGGCUGAAGAUAGUGUAUACUUCAUCAAUGGGAUUCUCCAUCUUCGAGCUGAGCUUACUAUCCGACAGUAAGUGCGUAGAUACUAACAUAAUGCCUUUGUCUACAGCCAUACUGGACUUUUUUAGAUGUCAGUGGGGGCUUUGAGAAGAGGUGGAAUGCUAACUGUAAGAUAUCGUCGAGCCUAGUUUCCAGAAAGGUUUAAAUUGUAGUGACAGGUUGAUUGUUCAGUGCCUAUGUAGAAACUGUUGUAUGGGCUUGUAUGUAUCCUACUGCUGUAUAUGCACUGCUGGGUGUUAGUGAAAUUGAGAGAAUCAGUAGCUUCAUGUGUUGAUAUUGCACUAACUUUUAACUUGCCAGUUGUUUUGAGGUGCGUAAUUAAAGUCUCAGCAAAUCUUUGAAUUUUA